AUGAAUCAAGACAAGAGAAAAUAAAGAGAUUUUGAAGAUGAUGAUUCAGAAGAAGAAUAAGAAAUUGAAUAACCUAUUAAUGUACAUAAUAAAGGAGAUAUGGAAGAGGAAAUCAAUCUUGACUUUGUUUUCCUUGAUCCAAAUCAAAAAUAAUUUCACUCUAUUAAAACAUUCAUUAAUGGUUAUCUAGAGGGAAUUAGUUUUAAAUCCUCUGAAUUAGCCAAUAUUAUAUGUGAUUAAGUUGAAUUAGGAACUAUGGUUGGACAAGAAGAUGAAGACAAUGUUUUUGGUUUUACUACAAUAUUAAAUAUUGGUGAAAUUAAGUAACUUUAUAUUUCAUUAUUAUUAGGAGUAAUGCCAUUGGUGAAAUCUUACAUUAUGUUGAUACUAAAUCUUAAUAGCAUAAUAAAUAACAUUAACAACUUUAACAUAUUCUUUAAACACCAAGAAAAGUUGGCUUAUUCAUUAAUGAAAGAAUUCUUAAUUUAGCUCCAUAACUUGUUCCCAUCUUACAUAAUUAAUUAGUAAUUAUCUUCUCUUAUUUUAGAAAGAAGAUAUCAACUGGUUGCAAAAAGAAGAUCCAAAAAGUUCCCUUACAAAUUUAGAUUAUUUGCUUGUCAUCACUAAAUGUUUUAAAGAUAUUGACUAAUAAAAAUAAACUUAAAAAGUAACAUUAACUUUUUAAAAUUAGAAAUCUACUUCAGAUCUCAAUGAUUUGAUAUUCUAAAAGUUUGAGGACUAUGUUUUCCUUCAAAAAUCUCUGCUUUCAUUUCGAUUCCUUAGUGAAGGAUCUAAAUAAACUUAACAAGUAUCUGACUUUAUGAAAACUGAAUAAGAUGGUCAAAUAUGCUAUCGAUUGAUCUAUCUGAUUUAAUUAAAAGAUUAUCUAGCAUAAAUUGCCAAUAUUGAAUAAUAUGUAUAAUAAUGA